GUUGUAUACCGUUGUUGAUAGCACUAGAAGGGAAGGAAAGUUUUGAAAAUAAAAUAUAAUAAUUUCAAAUGGAGGAACCACCACGAUUUCGACAACGAUCAAAGGGAUUUGCUACGAAGGCUCUUCACACUGGACAAGAUCCCGAACAAUGGAAGAGUCGCUGCAUUGUGGCUCCCAUUAUAACGAGCACCACAUUCGAGCAACCUUCUCUUGAUAAAUUUGGUGAAUUCAUUAACGGCCGAGAAGGUAAUCCAACUCGAAAUGUUCUUGAAAAGUGUUUGGCUCACCUAGAUGCGGGAGAGCAUUGUGUCACGUUUUCAUCAGGUACUGGGGCAGUCAUGGCUGUAGUGUCAAUGCUUAAGCCCAAGGACCACCUAGUUUGCAGUAGUGAUCUUUACGGUGGCACAACUUAUCUGCUGAGGAAACAUUGCGAGCAUUAUGAAAUUGGACUGGAUACCGUGGAUCCCACAGAGUUGGAUCAGCUGCAGAAGGCAAUCAAGAAAAACACAAAAAUGGUGUUUAUUGAAACGCCCACCAAUCCAUUAAUAAAAGUUCUGGACAUCGCUGCGAUAUCGAAAAUACUGAAGACUUUCGACAGCCAAAAUAUAAUAUUCGUGGUGGAUAACACUUUGCUCACCCCCUAUUUCCAACGUCCUUUGGAUCUCGGAGUAGAUAUUGUUGUUUAUUCACUAACGAAGUAUAUGAACGGUCACACUGAUGUUACAAUGGGAGCUGCAAUAACAAACUGCCCCAAACUGGAGCAGAAACUAAAGUUUGCACAAGUUUUCUCAGGAAUAGUACCAUCGCCGUUCGAUUGUUACCAAGUGAAUCGAGGCAUCAAAACUCUUGCCGUGCGAAUGGAAGGACAUGCUAAAAACUCACUGAUGGUUGCCCGAUUCCUCGAAAGUCAUCCCUUAGUUGAACGUGUGUUACAUCCUGGUCUACCAUCGCACCCGCAGCAUAAGCUUGCUAUUAGGCAGAGCUUCGGUCACAGCGGUAUAAUGUCUUUCUACCUAAAAGGAAAUAAGGACAACACGGCUAAGUUCAUGAAGGCUCUUAAAUAUUUCCUAUUUGCCAGCAGCUUCGGUGGACCUGAAAGUUUAAUAUCCACACCGACCACUUUGAGUCAUGCGUUCCUACCUGCUGAAGAACGAGAGAAACUUGGUAUAACUGAUAAUUUGAUCAGGCUGUCCGUUGGUUUGGAAGAUGCUGAUUGUCUUAUAAAUGAUUUAGACCAGGCCUUGAAAUUAUCUCAGCGGUGAUUUUAUCGCUGAUUUAGAUAAUGAGUGUAGAUGACAAAUUUAAUAAAAGGAAUAAAAGUUCGGAUUAUUA